GGCUACAGUAUUGUAACGACCCUGGGUUUAUAAGCGCGGAAAUCGACUUUGCUGUUUCAUUACAUUGGUUGUCAGAAGUGAUCGGACCUUGCAUCCACGACAGUGCCUGUGCUUGGCUGGUGAGCGAGUUCCUGUAAGACGUAGAGUCGCAAGCUAGCGUGAGGACGCGCUCUUUGAAAGGAGGGAGUAGUGUAACGACCCUGGGUCGAUAAGCACGGAAAUCGACUUUGCUGCACGAGCGUGCUUUUGCGGCACAGUCGAUAGCGCGAUGGACUUCGGAGCUAGAAGAUUGAGGGUUCGAGACCUGCUCCCUGCCUGUUUCAUUACAGUAUUCUUUAUUGGGGAACUGCAGAAACUAGCUGAAAGACAUCCAAACAUCCAUAUAAUAACACUUGAUGUUGUCAGUCAGGAGAGCAUAGAGAAAGCUGCACAAGACGUUGACCUGCUUGUUCAGGAGCUGGGCCUCAAUUGUCUAAUCAACAAUGCUGGAAUCAAUGUUGUCGCCAAUUUUGAGACAGUCACGGCUGAGAAGAUGUUGGAGAACUUCCACACCAACUCUGUGGCCCCCCUUAUGAUCACUAAGGCUCUCCUACCCCUGCUGAAGAGGGCAGCUGCCAAAGGCACGGGGAUGGGCAUCCAUAGAGCUGCGGUCAUCAACAUGACUUCCUUGUUAGGGUCAGUCGAGCUCAACUGGGGUGACCGGGCCAAGAACUUCAAGUGGUAUCCUUACAGAACAUCCAAGAGUGCUCUGAACAUGGUGACCCGAUGCAUGGCAGUGGAUCUGGAGGCUGAUGGCAUCCUGUGCAUGGGCCUCCAUCCUGGCUGGGUACGCACUGACAUGGGCGGACCAGAGGCACCUUUGAGUCCAGAGGAGAGCAUAUCUUCUGUGUUGUCAGUAAUUGGUGGAUUGACUGAAAAGGAUCAUGGGUCAUUUCUACACUACACCGGGGAGCCACUACCCUGGUGAUUGGAAUAUCACCAUGGAUGAUUUUAUAAGUUGUUGGUUUGCAUAUGUUUAUGCUUUGACUAUGCAAAGUUCAAUGUACUACCUAGAUAGCAGUUAUGCAUGAAAAAAUGCAUCAUGUAAUGUUCUAUAUGACAUUAAGUUUUAUUCGCUGUAACACUGACACUGUAUGCCUAGCCUAUGUUAUUAAAACGAGGCAAGUUAAUUGUUCAGUAGGCCUAUGUGCAACAGGUUGAAGUGGCAAGGAAGCAAAUAGUGGACAGUCUUUUGUUUGUCAUUGAAGGAAGUUGUUCUUUCAGCUUAGGAUAAGUAUCUUCCCAGACAUCUUUGUAAACCUCUAAGAGGAUAUUAAAUGAUAUUGUUUAAUUUCCGA